AUAAGCUGGGCCUCAUGUCGCGUUUCUUCUCCUGUUCGUGACAACUUGGGAACGGCAUCUCAACUUUGGGAUAAAGUUCGUCUGAAGUUCCUUGGCAAGGGGGGCUUCCAAAGUUAAAUCUUACAAGAAAGAUGAGAUGUUGUCCCGAAGUUGAAUUUUAAUUAAUAAAUUUUGGGGGAAGUUUCUCACUUCCUCCAUUCUUUCCUCAAAAAAGGAAAAUUCCAUGGCUAUUGCUGAAGGAAAGCAUCAGAUUCUGUUCUUUUCUUUCUUUCUUUUUUCUUGAUGACGGAAAGCAUCAGAAUUGAGCUCUUGUUCCGGAGAGAAAAAGGCCUCUCCCUCUUCCUCUUGGCUCCUCCAUUUGACCGUAUUGUCUCAAACCUUAAUCCUGUGAGGAGUGAGGGAAGGAGAUAUGGUUCAGUCUCUGGUUUCCAAUGUCGUGUCUCAGCUUACCAACCUUCUCAUCCAAGAAGCUGCUUCCUUGGGUGGUGUGCAUGAUCAGAUCGAAUGGGUGAAAACAGAACUCCAUCUAUUGCAAGGCUUCCUCAAAGAUGCAGACUCCAGAAGGAAGAGAGGAGACGAAAGAGUGGAGAAUUGGAUACGGGAGUUAAGAGAUGUGGCAUAUGAAGUGGAAGACAUCAUAGACAGGGUCAAGUUCAUGGCUGAGAGGCUCAGGCAACGUCAGAGGAGAGGCUUCAUGGGCACAAUUUCAAGGUACUCUCACAAACCUUGGGAAUUGAUUACCCUUUAUAAAAUUGGUUCUGAAAUUGGAAAAAUAAAGGAAAAGAUCAAGAAUAUUUCCGAGAGCAAAGAUAGAUAUGGCAUUGCUAAUCUAGGUGAAAGUAGUGCAGCGAAUGAAAGUUCUCAAUCACUUAGAGAAUCCUCUCCUCACUCUUAUGAUGACAACAUUGAAGUUAUAGGCUUCGAGAAUGAUAAGAAAGAAAUAAUGAGUCAAUUGCUUGAUGGGAAUGAGAAAACACGAUGUAUAAUUUCUAUAGUGGGCAUGGGUGGGCUAGGUAAGACCACCCUGGCAAGAAAAGUAUAUAAUGACCCUGCAAUUGGUAAACAUUUUGAUACCUUUGCUUGGGUUUCAGUUUCUCAGAGCUACCGAGGUAUCGAGCUACUCAAGGACAUCAUGGGAAAAGUAAUGGGAAUCAAAAAGAAGAAAGAAACAACUACAGAAAUUACAGCAGAAGGCUUACAGCUGAUGGGUGAAGAAGACGUGAGACAGAGGCUCCAUGAUUUCCUAAGAGACAAAAAGUAUUUGGUCGUGAUGGAUGAUGUAUGGAGAGUUGAUGCAUGGAGAGAAAUGCAGCGAGUCUUUCCUGAUGAGAACAAAGGUAGCAGAAUAUUGCUUACUACUCGUGAGAUGGAAGUUGCAAACCGUGCCAGGACACGCUUUCCUCCAUAUGAACUGCACACUCUGAAUGACACACAGAGUUUGGAACUCUUGUGGAGGAAAGCAUCUCCAUCAAAACAAGAUGUCCCCACUGAUUUGAAGGAAUUGGCCCAGGCGCUUGCAAAGAGGUGUGGUGGACUUCCUCUUGCACUGGUGGCGUUAGGGGGCUUUCUAUCAGGGAAAGAUCCUAACUAUGAUGAGUGGUCGAGUGUAGCUCAGAGCAUGGAUUGGGAAGACAGUGGAGAUAGGCAGCAGUGCUUCAAUAUAUUGGGUUUAAGUUACAAUGAGUUGCCAUAUCCAUUAAAACCAUGUUUUCUAUACAUCGCUGCGUUUCCAGAGGACUCCAUUAUCUCUACUUCCAAAUUAGUGAGGUUGUGGGUCGCCGAAGGGUUCAUACCCCAAGAGCAAACAAGGACAAUGGAAGAAACCGCCAGGGACUGGUUGCAUAAGUUGGUCCAGAGGUGCAUGAUUCAGGUUGUCAAGAGAAGCAAGGCUCAUGGGCGGGUUAAGAGCAUACGCAUCCAUGAUCUGCUACGCGACUUUGGCCUUGAAGAAGCCAAAAAGGAUGAAUUUCUUCAUGUUUGCAGUUGUGCCGACAUGGCAGUAUCUAGUCAUAUAUCGAGUCAUCGGGCAGCUUUCCACAGUCGUACGCAAGACGAGGUUGCUGUUUCCUCGCGGCGUCUCCGCACUUUGCUGGGUUUCAAUUUAAGUUUGACUAAUGGGCGAAGAUUUUUGAACGGGUUAAAAUUAUUAAGGGUGCUGGAUUUGGAGGGCACGAGAGAUUUGAAAAAGUUACCGAAACAGAUCGGCAGCAUGAUUCAUUUACGAUACCUGGGAUUGAGCAACACUGGUUUGAAGAGACUGCCAUCUUCCAUUCGACAUCUCUUGAAUCUGCAAGUUUUGGAUGUGAGAGACACAUGCAUUUAUUGGCUUCCGAAAUCAUUUUGGAAAAUCCGGACGCUGAGGCACGUAUAUAUUAAUAUAGUGAUGUUUCUAAUUGCACCGAUAAGUGGCGAACACAAGAACUUGCAGACUUUAAGAAUCCAGGGCUAUGGAUUCGAUAUGGAUGCUAUGUAUAUCGUCCGUUUGCUAGGCGUAAGAUUCAUCAAAAAUUGGGUUACUAUACCAGGCUUUACUCUGAAGGUGGCGAUUGACGAAGCAUGUGAGAGAAUGUUUGGAGAAUCACUCGGAAAAGCACUCGAGAAAAUGGACAGCCUUCUCUCCUUGACUCUGAGUUUGCCUAUACGUAACAUCCCUGGGGACGUCCUUUUCGCUCAGGCACCAAACCUGCACCAGCUCCGUUCAUUGAACCUAUGGGGACGGUUGUUACUCAAACAACAACAGCAGCUCCUAGAUAGCAGUCAUGUCCUGCCAAACCUCACCAAGCUCAAGUUAUCUUAUUCCAAAUUGGAGCAAGACCCAAUGCCCGUGCUGGAGAAGCUGCCAAACCUCAGGUUUCUCCUACUGGCAAUAGAAGCAUACGUAGGGAAUAGCAUGUCGUGUUCUUCUGCUGGUGGCUUUCCUCGACUGCAACACUUGAAAUUAGCCUAUCUAAACAAUUUAGAGGAAUGGAGAGUGGAGGUUGGGGCGAUGCCCAGCCUCACCCACUUAAUUAUCUAUUCGUGCAAUAAAUUGAAGAUGCUUCCUGAGGGAUUGCAGCAGGUGACCACCCUACGGCAACUGAAUCUGAUUUUCAUGCCCCGUGAGUUCAAUGACAGGGUCAGAAAUGAGGAUGGGUACAAGGUCCGACACAUCCCCUCCAUUAUUUUUGAACAUGAGCUGCACUGACAUAAUAUCAUCCGUACCUGGUGAUUACUUUAAUUGGCGUUAGCUGAAGUGAUGAUCCAGUCAAUAAGAUUUUCUGGCUUUCUUUAAUAUAUACAAGGCAACAUUUCUAGCUAUUUCUUAUGGAACCAUAGAACUCUUGAUUGUAUUAGUUGUUAUUUUUCAUUUUCACUCAUAUGUUUCUUUAGAUUUGAUGGAAUUGUUAAUUUUCUGUAAUGUAUUUAAUAAUGCUUUUGACACAUGAACUUCUAUUUCAACUUGCAAAUACUUGGCGAUAUAUAUUAUAUUUUGAUGCAGUCUUCUUUUCUAA